CUUUCACUUAUUUAAACAACGCUUCCUCACAUAAAAUUCAACAACGGAUUCAAGGAUUAUCAGGAAAUGGGAGCACUGUCACCGUCACAACCUUCAAAUUUGGAAUCGAUCUUGCUGUCAGCAAGACUCCAUGAGAACGAAGAAGCUAUGUUGGAUUCUUACAGUGAGUGGUUGGUCAAGCAUCCCUCUGCACUGGACUUAUUUGAGCAGAUGAUUGAAGCAGCCCAUGGAAAAAAGAUAGUUGUGUUUUUGGAUUAUGAUGGAACAUUGUCACCCAUUGUACAAGAUCCAGAUAAAGCUUUCAUGUCGGAUAAGAUGCGUUCUGCUGUAAAUGAAGUUGCCAAUUUUUUCCCUACCGCAAUUGUUAGUGGAAGGUGUCUUGAAAAGGUGAAUGGAUUUGUGCAACUGAAGAAUGUGGCUUAUGCUGGAAGCCAUGGGAUGGAUAUAUCAACUCCGUUCGGCUCUUUGAACAAUGAAAAGCACCCACAUGAAUCUAGAAGUGUUGGUGAACAGGGUAAUGAAAUUGUUCACUUUCAACCCGCACAAGAAUUUUUGCCAACAAUCCAAAAGAUAAUUCAGGUGCUGGAAGAAAGACUCAAGACUGUAAAAGGUGCAAUGGUAGAAGACAACAAGUUCUGCAUUUCUGUGCACUUUCGUCGUGUACACGAAGAGGAUUUGGACUCCCUGAAAGAAAUGGUAAACUCUACCGUGGAAGCUUACCCAAAUUUUCGCGUAUCCGGUGGUAAAAAGGUACUGGAGAUACGGCCUUGUAUCAAUUGGGAUAAAGGUCGAGCUUUGGAGUAUUUGCUCGACACUUUUGGUUUCAACAGUUGCAGCGAUUUUCUUCCCAUGUACAUAGGAGAUGAUAAAACUGAUGAAGAUGCUUUCAAGGUUAUUCAACGCAUCGGACGUGGUUAUGCCAUUAUUGUUUCUUCCAUUCCUAGAGAAACAGAAGCUUCUUACUCUCUACGUGAUCCAGGCGAAGUCAUGUCAUUCUUGAUGCGACUUACAAAGUGGAAAAAACCCUCAAUAGAUUGCAUAGAUUUAUUAAAGAUAUGAAAGUAUAGAUGCAUAUAUUUUAAGGGGUCUUUAAGUAUUACCCACUCAAAGCUAAUUUGCUUAUUUUUAUUGGCAAACUAGCACAAAUGAGAUAUGAUAGAGUCGUCAGGUAUUUAAUCGAUGACCUAGAAAAGAUGUUAUUAGGAGUUAGACCCCUUACGUAAUUAUAUAAGGUAAAUAAAGUAAUAACAAAAUCAGAAGGAUCAAGGAGAGGAGGAUUAAAUGUUUUUUCUUUUCUUGAAAUUGUUAUCCGUAAAAUUAAUGGUUAUAUUCUUUUCAAUUUGAAA